CGUCGCUUUAAUGAUGAGAUCGACAAGCUGACGGGAUACAAGACCAAGUCAUUGCUGUGCAUGCCCAUACGGAACAGCGAUGGAGAGGUCAUUGGUGUUGCCCAGGCAAUAAAUAAGACUCCCGGAGGUGCCCCUUUUUCUGAUGAUGAUGAAAAAGUGAUGCAGAUGUACCUCCCGUUUUGUGGGAUUGCCAUAUCCAAUGCCCAGUUAUUUGCAGCUUCAAGGAAGGAAUAUGACAGAAGCAGGGCUUUGUUGGAAGUAGUGAAUGAUCUCUUUGAGGAACAGACUGACUUGGAGAAAAUUGUCAAGAAAAUCAUGCAUCGGGCCCAGACUCUGUUGAAGUGUGAGCGGUGCUCAGUGUUACUUCUGGAAGAUAUUGAGUCGCCAGUGGUGAAAUUCACAAAGUGCUUCGAACUGUUAUCUCCAAAGUGCAGUGCAGAUGCUGAGAACAGUUUCAAAGACAGCGUGGAGAAAUCAUCAUCUUACUCCGACUGGCUAAUAAAUAACAGCGUUGCGGAGCUUGUAGCUUCCACAGGGCUCCCAGUGAACAUCAGUGAUGCCUAUCAGGAUCCUCGCUUCGAUGCUGAGGCUGACCAGAUUUCUGGCUUUCACAUAAGGUCUGUUCUGUGCGUUCCUAUAUGGAAUAGCAGCCACCAAAUAAUCGGGGUAGCUCAAGUGUUGAACAGGCUGGAUGGGAAACCCUUUGAUGAUGCCGACCAGCGACUGUUUGAGGCUUUUGUUAUUUUUUGCGGUCUGGGCAUUAACAACACGAUAAUGUAUGACCAAGUGAAGAAAUCCUGGGCAAAGCAGUCUGUGGCUCUUGAUGUAUUAUCCUAUCAUGCAACAUGUUCAAAGGCAGAAGUUGACAAAUUUAAGGCCGCGUCCAACCCUCUGGUGUCAGAGCUUGGCAUCGAUGACAUCCAUUUCGAUGACUUCUCGCUUGACGUGGAUGCCAUGAUCACUGCAGCCCUCCGGAUGUUCAUGGAGCUUGGCAUGGUGCAGAAAUUCAAAAUUGACUACGAGACGCUGUGUCGGUGGCUUUUGACAGUUAGGAAGAAUUACCGGAUGGUUUUGUACCACAACUGGAGGCACGCUUUCAACGUGUGCCAGCUCAUGUUCGCAAUGCUGACUACAGCAGGAUUUCAGCAGAUUCUGACUGAAAUUGAAAUCCUUGCUUUGAUUGUGGGAUGCUUGUGUCACGACCUUGACCACAGGGGAACCAACAAUGCCUUCCAAGCCAAGAGCGGCUCAGCCUUGGCUCAGCUCUACGGCACCUCGGCUACCUUGGAGCACCACCACUUCAAUCACGCUGUCAUGAUUCUCCAGAGCGAGGGUCACAACAUCUUUGCUAACUUGUCCUCUAAGGACUACAGUGACCUUAUGCAGCUUCUAAAGCAGUCGAUAUUGGCAACAGACCUCACUCUGUAUUUUGAGAGAAGAAGCGAGUUUUUUGAACUUGUCAGCAAAGGUGGUUAUGACUGGAAUAUUAAAGACCAUCGAGAAAUGUUUCGAUCAAUGCUAAUGACAGCCUGUGACCUUGGAGCUGUGACCAAACCGUGGGAGAUUUCAAGACAGGCAGCUGAACUGGUAACCAGUGAGUUCUUUGAACAAGGAGACAGAGAAAGAUCUGAACUCAAGCUCACACCUUCGGCCAUUUUUGAUCGGAACAGGAAAGAUGAACUACCCCGGCUGCAGCUGGAAUGGAUUGAUAGCAUCUGCAUGCCUUUGUAUGAGUGCCUGGUGAAGCUGAAUGUGAAACUGAAGCCCAUGCUGGACUCUGUGGCAGUGAACAGAGCUAAAUGGAAGGAGCUGCACCAGAACGGACCUUCUUCCCAGGCAGCACCCUCGUCCUCCUUCUCCGCUAGCUUUACCAUGUCUCUGGAAGACAUAAAUUAAGGCUGGAACGUCAGCGUUGGUUUACGACAAGAGCUGUCUG